CGGAUAACGUCUCUUUCAACCCGCAGCACAGACUCAUUUCUCCACACACCAGCUCUGAGUGGAUGCUCAGCAGGGGUGUUUGAGAUAUUAGCGCGCUGUGGGGGGGGCAACGGCUCAGGGACUUCUACCAUCCACAUACAAAGAGCCGGCAGUCAGGAGGAAUAUGGGCAAAUCGGAAAGCCAAAUGGAUAUCAUGGAGAAAUCAAGUAAACCAGGAAAGCGUCGUUGGACUGUUGCAGAAAUCGGUCUGUCCGUCCUGCUGCUGUUGGUCAGCUGUGCCUUGGCCGGGCUGGCAGUCCUCUACACAUCGAUUGUGAAAGAACAAUAUAACCAGACGAGUGUGUCAAGGAGCUCAACAAGUGAAGGCCAGCUGUUUCGCUCCGGCAUCAACAGUGUGUGCACAACUGCAGACUGUGUUACUGCAGCUGCUCGGCUCUUGCAGAACAUGGAUAAGUCUGUGAAGCCGUGCGAUAAUUUCUACCAGUAUGCCUGCGGGGGUUGGCUGGAGAGACACGUUAUCCCAGAGACGAGCUCCCGCCACAGCGUCUUUGACAUUCUGAGGGACAAGCUGGAGAUUGUCCUCAAAGGUGUUCUUGAGACGGAGAAUGAACAGGACAGAAAUGCCAUCAUGAAGGCAAAAGUACUGUACAACUCCUGCAUGAAUGACAGCCUCAUAGAGCAGCGUGACUCCCAGCCCCUCCUGAAGCUCAUUGAGAGUAUCGGAGACUGGCCUGUGGCGUCAGAUGCCUGGAACACCACUACAGAGGAAGCGUGGAGCCUUGAGAACACACUGGCAAAGCUCACCGCUCAUUUCCACAAGAAGGUUCUGCUGGACAUGUACGUGUGGACGGACGACCGUGACUCUCGGCGCCACAUAAUUUAUAUUGACCAACCAGGACUUGGAAUGCCAUCAAGAGACUAUUACUUCAAUGAUGGAAACUACAAAAAGGUUCGAGAGGCCUACCUACAUUUCAUGGUUUCCAUUGCGAAGAUAACCCGAGAGGACAGGAACUUGACUCAGGAUGACGACCGUGUGUGGGAGGAAAUGAUGCAAGUGCUGGAGCUGGAGACAGACAUCGCCAAUGCCACAUCACCAGCAGAGGAGCGCCAAGAUGUCACUGUUCUCUACUACAAGACGACACUUGGAGAGCUGCAGAGCACAUUCAGCUUCAAUGGUUUUAACUGGACACAAUUUAUUCAAGGUGUGCUGUCCAGUGUGUCUGUUGAGGUGCGUCUAGAGGAGGAGGUGGUGGUUUACAGCUCCCCUUACCUUGAGAAGAUGAAUGACGUUCUCUCUAAACACAGUGUCAGAACUAUGCAGAACUACCUCACCUGGCAGCUCAUCAUUGACAGAGUUAAUAGCUUGAGUCGCCGUUUCAAAGAUGCCAGAGCUCGUUACAGAAAGACUCUCUAUGGGACAACUGUGGAGGAUGCUUGGUGGCGAGAAUGUGUCCGUUAUGUCCAGAGCAGCAUGGAGAAUGCAGUUGGAGCUCUGUAUGUGCGUGAAACCUUUGCUGGUGAAAGUAAACAGAUGGUCAGUGACCUUAUCGGCAAGAUCCAAAAAGCGUAUGUGGAAACACUGGAGGAGUUGAGCUGGAUGGAUUUUCCCUCAAAGGAGAAGGCAAGAGAGAAGGCCAUGGCGAUCAAGGAGCAUAUUGGCUACCCGGAUCAUAUCCUGCAGGAAAGCAACCAGAAGCUUGAUGAGGAGUACGCUCAUCUGAAUUUUAGUGAAGAACACUACUUUGAGAACAUCCUCGAGAACCUCAAGUCUGAAGCGCACAAGAGUCUGAAGAAGCUCCGAGAACCAGUUGACCCUGACUUGUGGAUCAUUGGUGCCGCUGUGGUGAAUGCAUUCUACUCACCCAACAGAAACCAGAUCGUGUUCCCAGCAGGAAUCCUGCAGCCACCUUUCUUCAGUAAACAGCAGCACCAGGCUCUUAACUUUGGUGGAAUAGGAAUGGUUAUCGGACAUGAGAUCACACACGGAUUUGAUGACAACGGGCGUAAUUUUGACAAGGAUGGUAAUAUGCUAAACUGGUGGAGUAAUUACUCUGCUGAGCAUUUUAAAGAGCAGUCCCAGUGCAUGGUGCAACAAUAUGGCAACUUCAACUGGAAGCUAGCAGGUGGACAAAACGUCAGUGGAAUCAGCACUUUGGGGGAGAAUAUAGCAGAUAAUGGAGGCGUUCGUCAAGCAUAUAAGGCUUAUCUGAAGUGGGUGGAGAUGGAGGGUGAGGAGCCUCGUCUACCUGGUCUAGACAUGGAUCACAAGCAACUUUUCUUUCUUAACUUUGCCCAAGUGUGGUGUGGUGCUUAUCGGCCUGAGUAUGCCAGCCAGUCCAUCAAGACUGACUCACACAGUCCCUUGGAGUACAGGGUGCUUGGAUCUCUCCAGAAUUUCGAAGCCUUCUCAGAAGCCUUUCAGUGCCAAAAAGGCAGUCAAAUGAACCCCGAGCAGAAGUGUCGCGUCUGGUAGAAAGUUUUAUUCUUAAGAAAUGUAUUUCUCCACUUGGGCAACUUAAAUCAAAAGAACAAGUUGUGCUCCUUAAACCCACAGAGACACACUGCUAAUUUCCAAUUUAUUUGGGCGUCUGAUGACACAGAUAUUUGCAUACACUGUAGACGUAAUUAAAAUGGAUGUCAUGUCUGGACUACAUCCUAAUUUCAAAACUCGAAGCAAAUAAACUUAAAGAAUAUACUUUUAAAAGGAAACUUUCUAAAAUAUCUCCUCAAGUUUGUCUCUGGAUGAGUAAGUCACAUGUUCUUUUUUUUGCUGUGUCCCACCGCAGAUGUGCGGGUACAUGAAUAAAAAAAGCUACAUAGAAAACUAAGACCUUGUGUAAAAGGUUAGAGCUUAUACGGCUAGCUUUAAAUGCUUGGCCAGCCUUUCUUGAAUAAUCCUUAAAGAAAUCAGUGCUGGAAAAAGUGCAGAUCUUUGUGAUUUAUCCAUUUUCAUUUGGCACGGAGCUGCCUUGGUAUCUUUCCCCUGAUGUAUUGUUUUCAAGACAGUGGGCCACUUCAGAAGAAACAAUAGUGAAAAAAUCCAACUCUCACUGUAGAGUAUGAAAUAAAUGGAAGCUCGGGGCUUUGCCGAAAUAGAACUACAAUGGAAUUAGUCACACUCUAAGAGUUUGUUCAUUUACUGUUACAUGAAACAAAUUACCUAAAGACUUUAAGACUGUUAAAUCUUUGCAGCUUUAACCUUAAAUUAACAUUCUGAGAGCUGCGGCUUUCAACAUUUUUACAUUUACAGAGUGGAUAGAUAUUUAAAAUAUACAAAGCUAUUUAGUACUUUUUAGAGGACAAUUUUUUUCUAAGUUUCUUUAUCAUGUCCUGCAAAUGAUUGUUGUUCAGUACUCACUGCAGAAAUGUAUCCAUAUGUCAUGAAAGUUUUACUGUAAGAAACCAUAUUCCAGGUGUUUUGAAAAAUACUGCUGGCUUGCAAAUUUUUUAGCUAGUGAGAAAACUUGUGCUGGAGAUAGUGAUGUGAUAAUGAUAAAAACAAUGUAUAUCAUUUAAUUGCAUUAAUGCUAACUGACAAGUUUAGAU